AUUCUGAGUGCAGACAUGAGUCGGGCGCUUGAAUGUGUGCUGACGGCUGUUUGGAUCCUGGGAAUCAGCAGCCAGACGGUGCACCAGCCGGAGCUGGACGUCCACGCCGUCGAGGGUGCAGCAGUGACGCUCAGCUGCAGCUACGACAGUUCGAUGUCAGGCGACUAUAUCUUCUGGUACAAACAAGAAGUGAACUCACUGCCGGACUUCAUCCUGAGAAACGAUCAGUUCGGUCAGGGCAAGAAGGGGGAAAAAUAUGGUGAAAGGUUUCACUGCAGCAUGGAUGCCAGCGCUCGGCAAGCUCUUCUGCAUAUCGAACGCGUGAAGCCCAGCGACUCGGGAGUCUUCUACUGCGCCCUGCAGCCGACAGGAUCCUACAGGUUACUUUUUGGAGGUGGAAUCAGAUUGACAGUGGAAACCUGGGAGGACUUUGAGCCAUCCUUCUACAAACUUGAGGCCAGCAACCUUACGGCAUGUCUUGCCACCGGCUUCAGUCAACACAAUGCCACUGAGAAGCCGGGGAAAGGACACAUGUUCGAGGAGUCUCGCCCCGUGCGAAUAUCGGACGACUCGUUAUACAACCAGGUGGCACUGCUCACAACCGCACAUAACGACACGUGCAAGGAAGGUGACAGUGGACCAGGGCAGUGCCAUGAAACGUUGGUGCCAGACGAGAAGGUGAACCUCCUGUCCCUCGCCGUCCUCACCCUCCGCCUCAUCUUCGCCAAGACGCUCGCCAUCAACUGUGUCAUGACACUCGGCCUGUGGUUCGGGGCACCAGAGUAGCCAGCACGCCCCCACCGCCUUCCUCUUCCUCCUGCGCUUCUUUUGCAACUUGUUACUUUUUGCAUGUCAGUGAGCUAUGAAAUGGGUCAUUAUAUCAACAAAAAUUCAAUAAAAGAACAUUUUUAAAAGGC